UGGAGCAGAUCGAUGAAAUUGGGAUCAGGGCGCAUAAAGAGCCAAUAAUUAAUUUACACGACGGCUCUUGGAGUAUAGCGCCCUCUAUUGUCGGUAACAGAAAACCGUGGUUUAGCUUAAAAGAUGGCGGCGCCCUUAAACCGAAUUUGAUUGCCAACAACAACCUACUGUACAUUCACAUUGGACUGCAGCAAUAGCCACAUUAUCUGAAAUUGUGGUUUAUCUACAGAUACGUUCCCCUGUAGACCACACCUCAGUGGAAACAUGAACUCAGGGCAGCCUUAGAGGCCAAGUUAAAGCUCUAGGAGGAGAUGUCAAAAGGAGCCAUUCUGACAGCAGGGGACGAUGUUGCAGAUCACUUCCUGGUGGACUAUGAGAAGAAGACCAUCAGUGACAUGAAGGAGAAGAGAAGACUCGAGGAGGAGGAAGAGGAGGCAGCAAGGGCGGGGCCAGAGUAUGAGAUGGGGGCUACGGAUGUACCUGGCCCAGUCGACCCUCAAGACCAAUGGGAGAAGGACGACAAAGAGAAAGCUAUGAAGCAAGAAACACUGCCAGAUCUUCUCUCUAGUGACAUGCAUCGGAAGAUGAUGAGGAAGAAAUGGGAGGCUGAGGAGGAAGAAAUGAGGAGCCGAGGUCCUGGGCCUCUUCACUACCAGAACCUCAAGUUUGAUGAAGAGUCGCAAUGGGACAGGGUGAAGAAGCAAGUACAUGAAGAGCGCCCUCAAGAGUUUGCUCCUCCACAGCAGUACAACUGGAUGAUGCCAUCGAUGAGACAAACUCCAAAGAAGAAGAGCAAGUUUGCGUCCACAGAAAGUUGCGACGACACGCUUAACACGUCAAAACAGCCGCAGGAGUUCACUCCUCCUAGUAAUUCUGCAAAGUGGAACAUGAGACAGGGUUUGUCUGCAAGUACUUCGUUAGAGGCCUAGAAAUCUAAGGAUCAAGGCAGCAGGCUGGGGAAUCGAACCAAGAACCGCAAAGAACUGGAGAAGAUUUCUGCCGUGGAGGUAGCCUGAUCGUCUGACGUCAUUCUUCAAGGCUCGUGAAUAACACCAGAGAGCGGCCAAAAACCGGCGUUUAGUUGA